AUGGACCCACACAAGCUCCCCUCCACUCAGGAGGACCCGCCAUUCGGGGACAAUGAGGUCAACAACAAUAUUGAUGAAGUGCAUGAUGGAUUGACAGAUGCCUUGGAUCGCCUCAGUCUGGCAACAACAACUGUGUUGCCUCCAUCGCCUCGUCUUUCUCCUCUUCCAUCUGAUCCUCCUCUCUCCAAACCUGGUCAUGCCGUUCGACCUGUUUCUGCUAUUCCUCAACCGCCCGGUCAAGCUGGUCGAUCCGUUUCCUUGCAGUCAGGCCAAACUGCUCAGUUGCAAGCAAGCACCUCUGUUUCGGGUCGAGGCGAACGGCGCAAGUCAAUUGUGCCCUUGCAAAAGCGCAAGUCUGCUGCAUCUCUUCGUUCGGUCUCGCAACCUCAAAAGUCCCCUUCCCCAAUCCCUGACUCUACACGCCGCGCAUCUUUCACCGCCUCAGUGUCACCGAUUACUGCGACUUCUCCUGCAAUGCAUCCUACACGCCUUGCGAUCAGCCCGACCCCCGAAGCUCUGCUCCCGACUGCCUCGUUCGUUGCCGCCGAGCACUUUGUAAAGGAACUCGAGUUACACCAAACCAGUGAUGUGGAGACGAAAAUUGCUGUUAUUCUUCAUGAUGACUGUUAUGGACACCGGUACUCCCAGCUGGAUGCAACAAAACGGGAUCUAGAGAGAAUUGUGGAAAGACCAGAGCGUAUUCGUGCCUGCGCUGCGGGCAUCUCUGCAGCUUAUGUCCGUUUCAGUUCCCAAUAUGGAGAUCUAACGCCACAUCAGCUUCUGGCUUCGAAGAAAAACAUUCCCUUCCGAGUUGUCAAGACUGAUCGCAAGGUGAAACUGUCUGAAACUGCUGUUACAGAUGUUCAUGGAGCCCAAUGGAUGUCAGAAUUGAAGUGGAUGGGGGAAUGUGCCGAGUCCCGCCUUAUCAUCGACGGAAACGAACUAGCCAGGCAGCGAAUCCCAGCCAAAGAUGGUCUUGGGGUGAGCGGGCCCCCUUUGGACAGUAACGAUCUUUAUCUGUGCUCCGAGUCAGUCAACGCCUUCCAGAGUGCCUUGGGUGGUGUCUGUGAGGGAGUUGACCUAGUUUUCAAGCCUGGUCCAAUCCAACGCGCAUUCGUUUGUAUCCGCCCUCCGGGUCAUCAUUGUUCGGCAGACUUCCCCUCUGGUUUUUGCUGGAUCAACAACGUUCAUGUCGGAAUCUCUCACGCUGCAACAACCCACGGACUGACCCACGCUGUGAUCCUGGAUUUUGAUCUCCAUCAUGGUGAUGGCUCUCAAGAUAUCACCUAUAACCACAACUCCAAAUUGUUGAACAAGAUACAAAGGGCUGACUUAGCCAGAAAUGAUGCCAAGAAGUUUAAAGAGUAUGAACACGCUUCUUCAUACACCAAAGCAGCAAUUGGAUAUUACAGUUUGCAUGAUGUGAACUCUUUCCCUUGCGAGAAUGGUGAACGGGAUAAGAUCAUGGGCGCCAGUCUCUGCCUCGAAGCGCAUAACCAGUCCAUCUGGAAUGUUCACCUCGAAGACUGGGACUCCCUGGAUACAUUCUGGAGAUUGUACGAGACAAAGUACAAGGCAUUGCUCGUCAAAGCGCGUUCAUUUUUACGCAAACGCACGAUUGAGCUCCUCCAAGAGCGACAGCAGAAUCCUAACUCUCCACCUCCCAAUGCAGCAAUUUUUAUCUCUGCCGGGUUUGAUGCCAGCGAGUGGGAAGGCAACGGGAUGCAGCGCCACAGCGUGAAGGUGCCGACUGAAUUCUACGCCAAGUUCACCGCGGAUGUAGUCCGCAUGUCGCAAGAAGAAGGGCUCGGCGUCAAUGGACGCGUCAUUAGCGUCCUUGAAGGCGGUUAUAGUGACCGUGCUCUGACCUCUGGAGUUUUCAGUCAUCUCUCGGGUCUGAACUCAGAGAGAGGGUACAGUGAAGAGUGGUGGUCUCAGAGCAAUCUCGAAGAAUUGGAAGCUGUGAUGGCGCCUGUGCCCAGCAAAGGACGCAAAAAGGCUGCCUCCAGCUACCUGACGGCGACCAAGUCUUUCGCUGCGAAGGUUGUCUCUCCCGGGCGGGAACGUAUCACUGAGGAGCCAAAUGCCAACAUUGCUGUCCCUCUUCCCGAGGUUAGCUGGGCGGUCGCUACCGGGGAGCUUACCAAGCUCAUCAUCCCCGGAGGGCGGCAGACAAUGAGCUGUCGUCCUGCGGAGCUCAACCGUCAGCGUCGAGAGCAGGAUGCUCAGAAUGGUGGGCUCGAACUCAACAUUCGAGGCGAGGAAAGACGCCAGCUACGCUCGCGCAAGCCAAAGGAGUCGACCACUGCACCCGCUACCCCUCGAUCGUUCACACCCAGUCGCCAAACCCGACGAACUCCCAAGACAGUCAUUGGGACCACUACCCUACCCGCUACCUCGCAUGAGGCUUCGCCAUCUGUGGGGGCCGCCCGCCGUACGAGCAGUUCGACUCGCGCUGUGACCCCACGCCGGGGCGCAAGCCCUCAUGACCAUCCGCCUGUCCCCCAACUCCCGGCAUCCGCGGUUAACUAUCCUCGCCUUAUCUUGAGCAUGCCUCGGGAUCCUGCCCGCGGCCGCAAGUUAUCUGGCGAUGGUGCCGGCCGCGGUCGAGUUGCCAAGUCAUCGACGUCACCAAAGAAUGGGAAGAAGAAGACACGCGACUCUGGGGGAAGCUCCGGUACUUCUGUUGGUACUCCUCCGGCUGUGGAGGUGAAGGACAAGCCUAUGGGGAGUUUCUAA